AUGGCAACAUCCAGAGACAUAUAUUCAUCCAAAGGAGGGCCUUCAUCAAAAUCCAUCACCGACCACAUCCGAGAUAUCUUCACUGGCAGGGACGAGCCUCCAGACCGCAGAGGUAACCGAAACCCCAAAGGCAAGAUGAGUCGAUCACAGAGUCAGCCAACUACAUUUGCGGACAUCGCCGUAUCAUACCGCGUCUACAUUCUAGACGACCUCCUCGCGGAGCCGCAAGAGAUUGUCCACGACUGGUACCGAAACCUGCUCUACGUAUGCCAAAGACACCGGCAAGGCAACGCGUUUGCACCGGUAGAGCUCGGCCAGGAGAUAUCCGUCCUCGACCUCUCGGUAGGGGACAUCGUCUCCUCUAUCGACAUCACUCCGUACACCGGUCCUCACUGUCUCGAGCUAGCAGACUCCUGCGCCUACCUACACGGAUGCGUCGACGGCGGCAGUAUCUGGGUCGACCCAGAGACAAGAGCCCUCUCCAACUUCGAGCCCCUCGAGAAAAGGAGAAGGGCAACAAGGACAAGCGAAGACUUCAUAGCCGAGAUCGACCUUCGGAGCGGCAAGAUGCGGCAGCGAGUCAAUAUGCCGGAACAGAACGAUCGAAAUGCCACUGAUGGGCGACAUGUGGCCUUUUCGGCUCCUGGCCUACGCUUCGCAAGCCGUUCUUCGAGCAGCGGCCUGCCAGUGGUUGACGUUUCGGCCGACCCCAUCAUCGAGGUCAUCAAGGCCAAGUUUGCUGUUCGGACCAUCUACGUCACAUCUCGGAACGUCAUGUUGGUGUAG